AGAGUAGAAGAAGUGACAUUGACAGCGAUGACAGCCAUUUUUUUCACCCAGUUUAAUUUUUUGGAUGAGCCAUGUGGGAAUUUUGGGCAUUUUUUCCAUAAUUAAAUUGUAAAAUAUUGUUUUUAAGUGAUUGUCUCGUAGUGUUAAGUCUAUGUAACGUUUUACAAUGGCCGAUUUAGUGGAUUUGCUUCAGGAGUACCUGUUAAUACCGAGAAAAGUUGAGGAAAAUGAGAGGGAAUCGUGCAGGGAAGAUAUUCAAAAAACGUUUAAAGAUCUAGAAAGCUAUUUGCUGGAUGAGGAAACGUGGAAUAUCUUUUUGGAAGUUCAGUACGAUGUUACUAAUCUAAAAGUUAAGUUAAACUCAAAGACUGAUCAAGAAAGAGCAGAAAUAUUUAAGUUUGGAAUUGCUUGCUUGGUUGCCUUUACACAAGUGAAUUUCACCAAACCAGACCCAAGCGACAAAGUUAGGGCAUUUCUUAAAGGGGACGCAUUUCAAUUGAUAAAUUUCCCCAAGAUGUUAAGCUACAACAACGAAGAAAUUAACUGUUUAACGGAGUUUCCUCAAUUACUGGUUACAGCAAAAAUAAUCUUCGAAUGGUGCAUUGUGAACAGUGUUGUGAAUAUUUGGUGGUAUUGGAGAGCUUUGUACUUGCAUCAACAGUGUCUCGAGGAACUUUGUCCAUCACUUUUGUCUGAUGCAGACAGACUAUAUAAACUGCUUCAAAUAAACCCUACGUUGAAAGGUAUAGAUAAUAUUAAAAUAGCUUUGGAUAUUGAGGUGGCACAAUUGUACCUGCUCUUCAGACACGUUUCGAAGGCCAAGGAGCACAUCAAUUCCGCCACAGAUCUAUUAAAUUUGAAGUAUGAUUAUAUAGGAGUGCUUGGAAAAAGGACUAAAUAUCAGGAAAAAGAAAUAUCCCAGUUGGCGUUAAAAGUAAACAUAAAUGAAGAAAAAACUCAAAACACUAAUUCAAACGAACGAACCAACGGUAAUAUAGAGAGCACUACCCAACAUUACGACUUUGAUAUUGCCCUAAACACUGACGAUUCAGUUUUACCUAAAAAUUUACCUCUGAAUGACGAUGUGAGACUAGAUAAUGUAGCCUACACGAACAGUAUAAACGGGGAGAUAGUUCUGUCGAAUUCAGCACAAAAAUUAUUCUUAACCAUCGUGCAGGAGAUGUUAAUAGCUAAACCUCCUGAUGAACUACAAACUGAGGAAUUACUGCCUUUUAUAGAGCUGGUUUUGUCACAUAAAAAUACGUUUUGUGUUAGGGUAGUUGCGUUACUUUUAAGGUGUAAAUCAGAGUCCAAAAAUAGAAGAACUAUCGAAAGAGCCUUAAGGCAAUGUGAAGAGGUUAUAAAUAGUUUUAGGAACGAACAGUUACAGUUAUGUGAUAGGUUUAACGAUGUUUUUAGUACAGGAUUGCCACCACUAUGGAAGGUUACAACUCAAUAUGCCGAUUUGUUGUUAAACGUUGGUCUACCCAAGAACGCCCUCGAUGUAUAUUUGAAGUUGGAAUUAUGGGAGGAAGUGAUAGUGUGUUACACGAUCCUAAAAUUAAGGCACAAGGCUGCGGAAAUAAUCAAAAAACAGCUGGACAAGAAGCCAACGGUCAAAUUGUGGUGUUUGUUAGGUGACGCUACCGAUGAUAUUACUUGUUAUGAGACUGCUUGGGACUUAUCCAAGAGAAGGAGCCAUAGAGCUCAAAGGCAUUGGGGUAAUUACCUGUUCAAUAGGAAGAGAUACGAGAAUUGUAUUCCGCAUUUCGAGAAAAGCGUGUCCAUUAAUCCUUUGCAAGCCAACGUAUGGUUCAGACUAGGUUACGCAGCCCACCAGACCCAAAACUGGCAAGUCGCAGCCACCGCGUACAAACGAUACACCACCCUGGAACCGGAUGGUUUCGAAGCUUGGAACAACUUGGCGCAAGCUUACCUCAAAAUAGGCAACAAACGAAGUGCCCACCAGGCUCUCCUCGAAGCCCUCAAAUGUAACUACGAAAAUUGGAAAGUCUGGGAGAAUUUCCUUCUGGUCAGUUCUGACAUUUCUAUGUACAGCGACGUCAUCAGGUCGUACCACCGAUUGUUGGACUUGAAAGAGAAGUUCUUGAACACCCACGUCCUGGCUGAGUUGGUUUGUGACGUUAUUGAUGAUACAAUUGACAGUGAGGGACUUCCAGCCGCGAGAUUCUUGCAGAAAACUAGGGAGUUACUGGGUAGGGUGGUAACACUGUUUCCUGGAGAGCCUCCUUUGUGGGAGCUGUACGCUAAGUUAGCUCCAAGUACUAUUCUGAAGGCACAGAGGUUCCAGCGAGCUUACAAGGCUUACGUCAAGGAUAACCAGUGGGCUAACCACUUAUCGACUUGUCACCAAGUCCUGUACGUUUGCUUUGAACUCAGCGACAUUGCUUUAUUGUCGGAAGUUGAUCCUAAAAACGCUCUGUUGAACUCGGUCAAGUUGAACAUAGGUAGCGCUAUUGCGGCGAUUCGCAAACAGAACUUCGAGGAGACCAAGGAGUCUUUGGAGAAGUUGACAGCGAGGCUGGAGCUGAUAGUGGAGAAAAUCAAGAGCGGGGAUGUCAAAUAGCCUUGGACCGGAGGGGCGGAGUUUGUCAGAUGUUUGAACAUCGUUGGGUAUUCAGAGUUUUGACAGGUCGGCUUAGAUUUGAGCUGAAUCGUUUCUAAUAAGCGAUUAUUUAUAUGUACCAGUAGUAAAGUGUGUUAUGUCAGGGGUUUCCUCUAUAAUAGUAGCAUUCUUUCAUUUAAUAAACUCAGAUUUUUUUAUAAAUGACAUACCAAUUUUUUGAACUUCUUGAAAAAUUGUUUAUUUGAAUUGUUUUUAAAUAGAUAUUCGAAAGUCUGUUUUUUAAUUUCUACUGUUUUGCUACUGAUAGAUGUAAAUAAUACAUUUGCAAAUAUUUUCUGUAAGAGGGGUAUUUCUUUUUUUUACGUACAUUUAAGAGACAGUGAUGUUAUAAUAGAAACAAAAUAUUUAUAGAGAUAUACAAGGCAAAACUAGUUAAAAUAAAUUGUUUAUUUAA